AUGAAGGCGCUCGUUUUGCGUAAAUCUCCCAUCAGGUAUCUUGCGUUCAUCUCCGCAAGAACUUGCCCGAACCAGAUUAUCUGGGCAGACACACAGGAGCGUUCCGCUUGGCUCACCAUCUUCGACGGAUCAACGCAUCAUGGCAAGAACACGAACGAGUACCCAGGCGGCGAGCUCAGGAGAAAACACAUCCGAACAACGUCGUACCUCGAGAAGAACAAGUCGCAAGCCGGCACCGAGCCUGGAGGUCAAACUGUUGGAUCUGGAGUAACAGACAACAAUGACUACUAUCGGCCAACUUGGGACUGGCCGCAGUCCACAGACCAAAACCAGAGCCCAGAACCGCCAACGAACUUUGACGUACCGCCCUUGACAUCCGAUUCCAAGCCAACCGAGACGAUUCAGUGUGAAGAUUGGACACAGAGCGAGACGGCUCAUAAAGCCCCCAUUGUCAACCUCGCAAUGACCGACGACGAUUCGGAGUUGGAGGGGGCUCGCAAAGCUCCAGUAAUCAGCUUCACAAUGACCGACGGAAGUUUAGAGCCAGAAGUGACUCGAAGAGCUCCUGUCAUCAGCUUCGAAAUGACAGACGACGGGUCAGAGGCUGAGGCAGCCUCCCCUAUCAUGGCGGACUGCUCAGACGCGGAACUAGACGAGUCCAGCGCACAAGACGCGCGUGAGGCUUCUACGACCAAGUCCCACGCCGAAGUCGGUCCUGUCUCUGACGAGGACAUCCCCAGCGCGGACCUUCGGCACCGGAUCGAAAACUUGCAUGGAAGCCAAGCCCGGGACUUGACACACAUGGACCUAGGUGAAGAAGCUGACGUCGAGGAGUCGAAGGCAAAUAAACCAACAAGCCAAGCCCAGCGACACGGCAAAACCAACCUCGUUUGCAGCAGGCAGCUCCGAUAUCAACGUGAAGCGUCUGAUCCUCAAGACAGACUACAUCUGCUCGAGUACGAGGGGGCGCCCAUCAUGCCACCCCCAACGAUCCUUCGCCGUGCGAGGAACUAUCUCAACAUGAGGCCGCCCACAGACGAGGAUAACUUUGCAAGAUGGGCUGUAGAGUGCGCACGAAUCUGCCGAUACGUGGUCUGGCUGAGAACCAAGUACGAGGGGCAGACCUGGUGGGACGACCUUCUCGUUGUGGAAGGCAUGCUGGAGAAGGCACAGGCGUGGCGAUGGUGUGAGACGCAGGUGAUCCCCAGCCGACUAUCUGAACCUGUCCCCGAGAGCCACCGCCAUGCACUUGCUGCAGGCGUGACGGUUGCUGAUCCGCCGCCACUGCGUCAGUGUCAAGUCCAGCCGGAUGCUGUCGUGGUCGACCCUCCUUUGCACACCCCUUGGAAGCGUUUCAGACUGCCGGAUAGAAGACGUCACAGCUACCUCGCGGGAAUGAGCCAGUUCGACAGGGAUCAACGCAAGUGGGCGGAUCUCACCCGUGGCCGUUAUGGUAGUGUAUGGCAGAACAUGAGGCGUGACGGGCCUGUCGUUGACCUCCCUCCGCCGGCGAACUUCUGGGGUGUCAUGCCCCUUAGUGGCAUGAGCAAGGACAUGCUUCAGGUGUGGGAUCGGUUGAAGAAGCUCGAGUCAGUGAAGCGCGAGUUCGUUCACACUUUGUCCCUGGCCGUGAGCGAGGAUGAUACCCGUCGCUUCACCACCAUGGCCUUGGCUAUCGAUGAUGGUCUCCUGGGUACUGAUCCUUCCAAUGCGCAAAGAAAGGCCAUGCGCUUCCGCCUCGACGAGUUUAUGAAUCCUUCCUUACCCAUUCCUGCUCUCUUCCAGCCGCAAACCUUGGUGGACAUUCGACCGGCGGAAGUUGAAUGGCUGGAGUUCUUCUCCACUGACCUUCCAGAGGUACCGGCCAGAGACACUUGCGGGUUGGACACCAAGGGCAAAGCCUUCAUGCGGAAGAUACAAGCGAUGAUUGACUGUCAUGAUCCAAAGUUCAGACUCGGGCCGCAUCCUCGCAGCCGCCAGCUGAUCCAGCUGUUUGUCAACGAUGAAUGCGAGUCUGAGGGAGAACUUGCCGAAAGCGAUGUGAAGAAGGCGUUCUUCACUGAGGAGGAGGUUGCCAACUAUCUUGAGAUAGCAGAAGGCAUGGGUCUCCAGACAGAAAAGGGCGUGACCAGUAGGGAUCCCCACUACUGCAAGGCUCCCCAGCUGUUUGCUCUCGACGCGAUACGAUGGUUUGCUCCAGUAAAGAACGCUCAGUCAAGUGCCACUUCAUCCGCACAACAUGAUGUACGCAAUGACGACGAACCAGACACCGAGUACCUCCAGUUCAUCCCCUCGAAGGACAUGCUCCGUUCUGUCCCCGAGAUCAAGCGAGGCCAGCCUGCCGAGGCCACUGAGCGAACGACGGGAUUCUAUACCUGCUUGGCCUACCGCAUGGGUCUGACCCUCCGCAGAUUGAGGACGCAGCACGAAGCCAACCUGGUCCUCCUCGGAGAUCCCGAACGUAUCCGUCGCAACGUGGGGUCCGCCGCGUACACUGCCACACUCUGGGACGUGGAAUGCCUCGGGCAUACAUGGCUCCAAUACAGGCAUCCUGGCCACGGGGAUCAGCUCGUCGUUCCUCUAUUCAAGGACGUCGUGAGGAAGGCCGAAUCGGGUAAGUUCAGGAAGAAGUGGGAUACGGCGGACUACUGCGAUGAGGGUGAGCACCAGGCCUAUGUUAUCGUCCGAAAGGGGCUCAUUGACGAGCUGUGUCGCAACGACCCGCCCGAGUUCCGAAAGAAUGAGGCAGGGCAAGACGACGAGGCGACUGUCGCGCUCAAGGACACUAUCUGGUCGUUCGGUACCGUCGAGAACGGCAAGAUGCCCAACUACUUUGCUCUUGAUCGCCGCGCUAGGCAGAAUGGCAAGCUGGAAAGCAGGGGCGGUGAUGAUCUCGCAACUCCCACAGAUAGCAUGACUCUGCAUUCAACUGAUCAGAAGGACAAAGGCAAGGGAAAGGAAGUAGUCCGUCCUCAAAGUCGCCUAGAAGACGCUACGCCGAGGGGCGUGCCCAGGAGCAGUGUGCUAUCCAAGCCGACCUACAAGAACUGGCCGGGCAUGGGGUACGACCUGGAAGACGAAGACUGGGUUGUCGAGGAGCGCUGGGACCGACACGGCAAGCUUCACCGCGACAUGUAUGUUCCUCUGGCGAGGGUGGUGGAGAAGCAAAAGACUGGACGCACCCUCCACAGGGGCAGGCCUCUUGUUGGCGCCACGCCUCGCGAUCAAAGGGCCAUUGAGCAGAGACUGAAGAGAGGUGGCGCCGAUCCACCUGCACCUACGUUCAUCUACAGGUUUGCCGUCAUGGUAGGGCUGAAGCGUAAGAGAGACGACGACCCGGAAGACGAUCGUGUGCGUCUACCGAGUCCCAAGUAUCUUCCAAAGGUUGUGGCGCGUGUUCAAGAGGAGCCGCCCAAGAAGAAGAAACGUCGAUCCAGCGUUGGGUUUGGCGGCACUUCGGUGGUCGAGAUUAGAGAUCCCCCGAGAAGGUCGUCUCGAGAUGAGGAGUGAUGGAAGCGAGUGUGCGGAGGCAAUGAUGAGCGUCUUGUGUACUUGUACUGUAG